AUGAUGUUUGAAUUACGUGAACAUCUAUAUUUUUCUGACCUAGCUCUGCCUCUGGUCAAUGUGCAUGCCCACGCCCACUCUCUCUUCCUCUCUACUCGCGCCUCUCCCUCUUCACUCAGCGCGCGGACGCCUCCAUGGAGGGCUCGUGCAGCAGUCCUCUGCCUCACUACUUCCACGGCCACAUUUCAACAUGACUUAAGAAGCAACGCCUGGCUCUUCAGCAUCCCAGCGGUACCAAUUUACAACUUCUAUGUUUAAACAUUCCCCCCUGCUCCUCUGAAACCACUCCCCGGUACUUUCCUCCUUAUUUCCCGGGAGAUAAAGCAGUUCCGUGGGAAUAAGAGGCUCGUUUACUUCGGGGACCCGCAUGGAUGUGGCAGCGGCAGAGGGGAUUUUCUGCCGGGUAUCCGACUGCGGAACCGGCCGAAGCAAGUGAUGCCGAACCAGCAGAAGGUGAAGGCGAGACGGAAAAGACGAAAGGAGUUGGUGUUAAUCCAAAUCUGCUUGUUCGGGGGCUUGAUACUGGUCGUGAAGGGGUUUUCCUUCUUAGCGGAAAAUUCAGGUUUCCACGUCUCUAGCCCCAGCAGCGAGGGCCAGGAGAGAUGGGGAGGGAGGAGGCUUCUGCAGGAAGUGGAGAACAGCAGCCUGGAGGAAAUUGAGAGUGAAGGAUCUAAGAACUGCACUGCUCCAGCUCUGCACGAGUUCCCUACAGACCUGUUCACACACAAGGAGAGAACAGAGGGAGCUGUGGCCCUGCAUGUGCUGUGU